AGUUUGAAAACGCUUUGAGCGGGACUUCGUGAGUCAGGAAGGCACACGAUUACAAAACUGGGUCCUUGUCAUGCGUCUCCACGUCUUCGUCAUCGCUGUCUUUUGCUGUGGUUUCGUUGACUCGCGGAAAAUAAGAGGAAUAUCUUCGUCCUAUAAGCGCUUCUACAAGGAGAAGAAAUCCUUUCUGUGCAUCGAUGGAUCCAAAAUAAUCCCAUUCGAGCAGGUGAACGAUGACUACUGUGACUGUGAGGAUGGCUCUGAUGAACCAGGCACCUCGGCGUGUCCCCGUGGUCGAUUCUACUGCACCAACCUGGGUUUCCGCCCGCACUACAUCCCAUCAUCACGAGUCAAUGACGGCAUCUGCGAUUGCUGCGAUGCUUCAGAUGAAUACAACAGCCACGCUCGCUGCCAGAACACUUGCUGGAAUCUGGGACAGCAAGAGAGAGCGUACGUGGAGGGCCAGAUGAGGACCUUGGAUGAGGGUUUGCAGCUCAAGCAGCAGCUGAUUGAGGAGGGAGUGCUGCUCUGGAGGGAGAAACAGGCUCAGCUCAGAGACCUCCAGCAGGUAGCUGAAGACCUACAGAUCAAACUAGAGGAGCACCGGAGGAGGAAACACGAGGCCGACAGACUCAAAGAGCAAACACUGAAGGCGCUGGAGGCAGGCGACAGCGAUCUCAAACGUCAGAACGGCACAGUGAGCAGCACUUUCAAGUUACUGGACAGCAAUAAAGAUGGAAGCAUCACAGUGGAGGAAGUCCAGGCCAGAGUGACACUCGUCCAUGAUGAGGAGAGGAUUCUCUCAGAGGAUGAAGCAGUGGCUUUGUUGGGAGGAGGUCAUCAGAUGGAUCUCUUCAAGUUUCAGCACAUGCUCUGGGACAUCCUGACAAGAGGAGACAAAGUCAAGAUCAAAGACACACACAGUGCAGCAGGCGGUCUUGUGGGAGAAGAUCCACACUUACAGGCAGCUGACAGAGCUGCGGAGUGGGAGGCGACCAAUCUGAAAAAGGUAGAAGAAGCCUACGACACAGUCAACACAGAAAUAAGUGAUCUCCAGAAGUUGCUGACCAUAGACUAUGGACCGGACUGGGAGUUCCUGUUUUUGAACAGUCAGUGUUACAAGCUGAAAGUAUACGAGUACACUUACACCCUGUGCCCGUUCAAUCAAGUCACACAGAAGAGCUCAGCAGGAACAGAGGUCUCAUUAGGGAAGUGGGGGAUGUGGGCAGGAACUCCAAAGGACCAGUACAGUCAGAUGGUGUAUGAGAAUGGAGAACCAUGCUGGCAAGGAGGUUCACGCAGUACUACAGUCACUCUGACAUGCGGAACGGAGACAGCCUUGCGAUCGGUGAAGGAGCCCAGCAAAUGCCAGUACAUCAUGGACUUCCAGACUCCUGUGGCCUGUCAGCCGGUGUUGAAGCAGCGGGGCAUACACAGUGAACUGUGACCCUUUCCCUUACUGCCCUUGCCUACAUUAACUUAGCCCUCUAUAGCUAGCCUGGGAUGACAAGUUUGGAUCCUAAGGGUUCCCUCGAACAUCUGUGUUGUCAGAAUAUAUAUCCCAGUACUUACAAGAUAGUCUUGCUAGUGUCAGAAUCAGAUUUCCAGUAACACUGCUUCUUUACAAAUGGAGUUAUCAUUAACUGUUACAUAUUUCAGUAGAGGAUGUACUCAUGAUUUAAUGUAUACAAGUAUUCCUUUUGCUGCACUAUAUUUUUUUCUUCUCUGUAUGAAUAAAUAAAGACAAACUGGAUCUGA